AUUCACUGCGACACGUUCGAGGCCACGUGAGAUAUCAUUAACGUCGCGUCUCUCGACUUUUCACGAUAUUCUUCGGCCGAGCGGAGCCUCAGAUCGCGCGACGAGGCACCAACUCGAACGAGUCUUGCUCGUUUGACUCCGGUGGUCAACUUCCGGUUGAGACAAGCCCAUGUGGACGAUCGCAGCAGGAGCAGUGUGCCCUCGAUCAGUCCGUGCUGCUGUCGUGAUCAGGUUUCUUCGCGCGUUGCAAACAUCUUGAGCCUCUCCUCAGCGUGAUAUACACGAAGGCCGAUCGUCCCGUUCACACCAUGGCAGAUCUCGACGAUUUCUUCGCGAAGAAGGAUCGCAAGAAGGCCAAAGGCAAGAAGUUCACGACGACCGACGAGGUUGCUAAGAAGCUCGAGGAGACAGGCAAGCGACUGGAGAAGCCGAAGCUGAAGGAGAAGCCGGCGAAUCCCGAGGGCGAAGAGUCCCAGCAUACGGAGGAUGAGGACGAGUGGAAGGAAUUUGAGGAGGAGAAGAAAGAUUACAGUGGUCUAAAGAUCGGACACUUGACAGUCAAUGACAGCAUCGACGCUGAGUCAGACGAUGAGAGAGGUACUGGCGAGAACAGCUCUGAUGGUGAAUCCGGUGAAGGAGGCACGAAGCACACAGGACCAUGGAAGAAACCAGAUUUACCGCCAGAAACUCCAGAAGUGACCGCACCACCUGCGCCUCCUCCAACUACCACCUCCACUGGAAGCAGCUACAAAGCACCACACUUGCGGAAUGCACCCUGCAUAAACAAUAACUAUCCGCGAUCGCACGGAAGGAACAUCGCUCCGGAUAUUCACAGCGAGGAGUACUUCCCUACUCUGAAUGCCAAGCCUCAGCAACAGAACAAUGGCAGCGGUCCAUGGGGAAGGCGGAAGCGCGACGAAGGAGCAUUCGAGGAGGUUCGCAAUCGAGGCGGCAGCAGAUCGUACAGCAUGCAAGACUCGCAGGCUCAAGCACCGAAGCUCUCGCUGGGCAACAAAUAUGGCGCCUUAUCGCAAGAUCAGAGCUGAAAACGCCUAUCACAGUCGAAUCAAACGAAAAAGAAUAUCACCGUCGCCCCUCUCUGUUUCGUGGCCCAGCCGCGCCGAGAAAAUAUAUUUUCUAGAUUAGACUCCAACUUAUAUCAUAGAAUGUACAUGUACGUGUAUGCCCCGGUUUUGUAAGACUCACGGGGAAACGCUAUUCUUGCAGGAACAAAGAGAAAGGAAUGAAACGACGAAAUAAAAUUAAUCGCGGUUGUGCCCGAUCGAUACAGAUCACCGAUUUAGGUAUUUCGCACG